UAUGCAUUUGUCAUCCGCAGAUCACAUGGCAGCCCUGGGCGCCCUUGGGUGAUGGUCUCCGAUUUCAGUAUACCGGAGGAUCGGGCAUCUCCCAGUAUAGGGUCCUGCUCGAAGGGCCGGUUGGCAGGGCAUGGUUUCUGGGGGAACGCUUUCUGCGUCAGGUAUGGGGGUAUCUUUCUCAGGAUCCUCCCGCAGUACCCCCAGUCAGUAUGCGGACUACUGACAGGCUCUCUUUCUCGGAGGUAGUCGGCGCUAUGCUGGGUAGCGAUGCUUUACUAUAUCUCGAGGAGGGGGAUUACGGCACUUACCGUCAUACAUAUUUGAUGCCUCCAUUGACGGGAGUUCGUACCCCGAUGACGAGGCCUGCUGGUAUGUCAUCCUCGGGUCAGGCCCGGGCUCGGGCUGCAGACGUUCCUUCCACCAGCGAGGUUGGUACAUCUAGAGGUGGGGGUAGACCGGUUCCUCCGAUUUCGCCGACUUAUCCUCAUCCUGGAUGGCCAGAUAUGCCGACUGAGUUGAUGGCGUGGCAGUAUGGGGCUAUCUCUUAGACUCCGAUCCCGCUAGAGCCUCCGAUGCCCAGUGAUCGACACGCCAUUGAUCCUGACUCACCGCUGCCACCGCGAGGGUACAUGGAGGAAGUGGUUGGACUGGUGGCCACACUCGAGGGCAUGGUCCUGCGGAGGGAGGCACAGUUGUCUAUCGCGGGCAUUCAGAUGCCUUCAUGGUCCGGUCAGCCGCAGACCAGGCCACCUGGGCCUCCUUGGGGAGCUGGGCCAUCUGGGCCAUUUCACGGGGUUGGGUCAUCCGGGCCUUUUCAGGGGGCUGGGCCAUCCCGGCCUUUCCGAGGAGCUGGGCCAUCUAGGCCUUUCCGAGGAGCACGAGGAGGGUCCUCCCGCAGGCGUAGGACACAUGUUGUAGAGGCAGAGCCUGAUGAGGAGGAGGAGGAGGCCACAGAUCGUCAGUCAGAGACAUCUGCUGAGGAGGGGGGCUCCGGUCUUGGUUCGGGGAGCAGAGGCGAGGCUGGGGGGGAUCCUGAGGACGACAGCUCCGAUCCGGACGAUGAUGAUGGUGCAGAGGUUGUCCCGCAGAAGAGGAUGAGGAGUACUUCUCAUUCCCGCUCCCGAGGGCAUUGA